GACACGUACAUACAUGUCAGGAAGGUUGUUGGUGGCGCUGAUGACCCAACCGUGCACAUUAGCAGCGCCACCUCCACUUGCCUCCUCUAUCCUCCGCCGCCCACCACCUUCAUUCUCCCAACGCUUCAUCGCAACAAUGACCACCAACAACCAAGACCACCUCGACGCUUUGUUCAAGCAAAAACGGAUGCUCCGAACCAAAGUCCGGAAGGCCCUCAAGUCAAUGGACCCAGUACUCAGAUCCCAGGAAGAUGAUGCGAUUCAGAGCAUUGUGUUGGAAGCUCCUUGGUUUAAGUCUAGUCAGAGAUUGUGUGCGUAUAUAAGCUGUGCAGCUUUGCGUGAAGUUGAUACUUCUAAAGUGUUGGCUGAGAUUCUUCAGGGUUCGGAUAAAGAUGGUGUGAGGAAAAAGCUUUAUGUGCCGCGUGUGGAGGACAAGAAUAGUCACAUGAGAAUGCUCCACAUCUCAAGUGUCGAUGAUAUGGUUGCGAAUUCGAUGGAUAUUUUAGAACCGGCUGCAGUGGAUGCUGAUGGAAAUGAACGUGAAGAUGUUUUACAGGCAAGUGAUCCAGUUGAUUUGCUUCUCUUACCAGGACUAGCAUUUGACAGAUCUGGGAGACGUUUGGGUCGAGGUGGAGGUUAUUAUGAUACUUUUCUGAGGAAUUACCAAGAGCUUGUGAAGGCCCGCAAUUGGAAGCAACCGCUCCUGGUUGCACUAUCGUAUUCUCCACAGAUAGUGGAUGAAGGGGUUAUAGUGGUCACCGAACAUGAUGUUUCAGUUGAUGCUCUUGUGUCCCCAGCCGGUGUGAUUCCGAUCAGUACGACUGCCAUAGACAGGAUGAAACUUUGAUAAGAACCUUGAAGCUUUCUUCCUAGAUGGAUCCUCGCAAAGUUGGACUUUCGUUCCUCGCAAUCUGUAAAAGGAAAUUGGACCAUUAUGCUUGAGAUAGAUGACUUGAUGUUGUUAAUUGAAGUGGUGAAAGUUCAGUUUUGCUGUGGUUGAGAGGUCAGGCUGAUUCUGGCACCUUUAAUCUAAUAGAUUUAGAUCAACAGUUACCAUCUUUAGGUCGUGCUAUUGAUUUUGUAUUAUUUGGAAUAGUGAAUAUCUUCCUUUUGUUGUGCCUUUGCUUAUUUUGUUCUCUUAAAGAUGAAGUCAUAAAACCCAUAUUAUGCUGUACUAGUUCUAACAGCGUUUCAGAAAUUGCAUGUAAGGUGAUGUAGUUGUAUUAGAUUUUAUAAUGACUACCAAGGUCCUUUUGAUUUCUCAAAUG